GUGUUCAUUUUGGGUGUGUUAGAACAGAAAAACGCUGAAAUUGCAAGUGGAACCUGUGUUAUAGAGAGUAGGUGACUGUGCAGUAUGCAGUUAGGCUACUCUAGGCUCACCUCUGCUCAGUGUACAUCAGAAUCAAAAUCAGCUUAUUUGUCAGUACAUGUACAGGAAUUUGUUUUGGCAUGUUGAAAACUGCUCAACUUACAGGACAAAUCACACUGAGAGGAACACAAAAAGACUUACAGAGCUAUAUUGGAUAAACAAGACACAGGGGGAGAACACAACCAUGCAAACCACAGUUUAAACGUUGGAGCUUGCACUGGAUGAUGACCCUCAUGAGUCUUGAAGCUACUCAGUGUCCACAGAUGAAUCUGCUGUUUACAGUUUUUGGGCAACAAAAAGAAGACCACAAGACAACAGAAGAAAAAUAACCAUAAGAAGGAAUUAAACGUUGAAGAAUGGCACAGACUACACCUUACUGAGAUUGUGGAAGAGAUUACACCAUGGUGGUGAGAGGGUGGACGCAGGAAACACUUCACACUAAGGUUUCUACUUCUGUUGUGCAGUAUGGUCGAAGAAAAGGAUCCAGCAGGAAAGUUGCCUCAGCAGAGGUGAAAACUGUACCUAGUCAGCCAGUAGAUCUUCGGCAAGUGACAGUGCUGCCCAGAUCAGAAUGGCUGCGACUCCAGGACAGUCUGAAUCAGGUGAACAAACACAAGGAGAGUCUGAUUGAAGCAGCAAAACAGAGGGAGGAAUUGCACUUGCGAUCCAAGGAGGUGGUAAAAAACUGGACAAAUACCAUCGCUGGACAACGGCAAAAAAAGUUGGAGGCUAAGAAAAAUAGAGAAGAAGCUGAAGAGGAGGAAAGGAAACGAAUUGACAUUGAGGAAGCAAAGUUCCAAGAGCAAAAAAGAAAAGAGGCAAUUGAGAUGGCAAAGACCCGCCAAUACUAUCAGACGAACAGAGUGAAAGAAUUUCAUAGUGCCCUUUUGCUGACUGAAGUUUUGAAGGAGAGGGAGGCCCAGAUUGAGCUGAAAAGAAGGAAGCAGAAUGCUUCUAAAGAUGUGGAUAAAGAGGUCUUGACCAUGAUUGCAUGCAGAGAAGAGCAAGCUACACAGCAGGAGCACCAGAAAGCCCUGCAGAGGAAGCAAGAGUGUCUCUCAGUAGCUGAGAAUUUAAAACAACAGAUUAAAGAGCAUGAACGUGCAAGAGAACAGGACAGAAUGGAGCAGAAGAAGGAGGCAGAGGAACUCCAGCGGCUCAGAGAGCUUUAUCUUCGGGAGCAAUACAUGCAUGAGCAGAAGAAGCAAGAGGAAAAAAUAAACAUCAUGAGAGCCCAUCAGGAACACCUGGCCAACAGAGAUGAAAUCCAAGCGAUUGAGGCUCAGAAGCAGAAAGAGGAGGAGGAUAGGCAAAGGCUUUAUGCAAGUGCUAAAGAGAAGAUGAUGAAACUGAGGAAAGAAAAAGAAGCAGAGCUGUUUAGAGAGAUGCAGAGACACAGGGAGGCCAUUAUUGAGAGGCUGUCAGCACAGCAUCAGGAGCAGACCACCAACGAGGACAAUCUGAUCUCCAAAGCAGUGGCAGAAGCUGAGGCCAAGCGGGCUCAGCAUCAGCGUGAGAAGGACGCGAAGAAAGCAGCCAUGCUGAAGUCCAUUGCUGCACACAGAGAAGCCGUGCAACAAGAGCAGGAGCACAAGGAGCAAGAGGAGAAACAAAAGGCUGUCGAGAUGCUAAAUGCAAAAAAAGAGGCUGAUAAAAUUUUUCUUGAAAAGCAACAACUCAAGGCACAGAAAAUGAAAGAGUAUGCCAGAUCACUCCAAGACACAUAUGUUCAUCAGAUGGCUGAGAAACGUGAACAAGACAAGCGCAUGAAAAAAGAACAAUGGGAGUCUGAGGCGAGCAAUGCAGCGCUUAUCGCAGAGGAAGAGAAUCAGUUUCAGCAGUAUGCAAAGCAUGUGAUUCAGACUGCCACCGAAGCCCAGAGGAACACCUACCCGCUGCGCAAGGCUGCCAGGGAAGGCAUUGGUGGAGGAUUGGGUCCUGUAUUUGGUGGAGUUAGGCCAAGUUAUCUUGUUCAUGAUGAGUCGGGUGUUCAGAUGCCUGGUUAUGUAAGCAGUACUACUCAAGGCAUAAAGGAGCUGAAUGAGACCAUUGACAUUCAGCAAUCCAAGAAACGGCUGGGAUUUACUUGGUGAUGGUCAUGAGCAAUAUAACAUUUAGCUGUUAUUGCCACCAUUGUCAAAAUAAUAAAGAGAACAUAUCUUUCAAAUUAACUGAUUGUUCAAAUAUUCUCUAUAGGUAUUGCAGAUUUGCUGAUAAUUGCAUAUGUAUUGCACUGUUUUGAG